AUGGUCCUCAUCACUCAAAUCAUUUCCUAUGUGGCGAACUUUGUGACCGCGGUUGUCCUCGUUUGGGUCACCCAAUUGUUAGCUCGAAAUCGUCGAUAUCAUCCGAAUUAUCGAGGAUAUUGCUGGUAUCUACACGGUGAUUUGGACGGGUUUUAUGCAAGCGAUCACACUUCCGAUAAUGUUCUUUGUGAUAACAAAAACGAGAGCCGAGUGGAACGAUCGGCAUCGGGACGCUACAUUGUCGAAGACCGACUUUCUCUACCGUAUUUAUUACACAUGUUUGGCGGUGAGAGCCGUAGAAAAGUGGUGGCUCGUCGCAUGGGAUCAGCUUCAAGAUUUGAAAGGGUGGAUUCGGGA